AUGCUUUUGAUUUAUAGUGUAUUUGCCAAUUUGUAUAAUAAUUAUGCUUUACCUAAUGAUAUUGAUUUCGCUUGUCAAAAUGGAACAAGUUUAGGAUGUUGCCCUCUCCUAGCACACCGGAUUGCUUCUCAACACCAUUCACGUUGUGCAACAAUUAUUCUUAUAAAUAAUACUGGCUAUAAUAUUACUUUGGCCGCUUCCAGUCUUGAAGAUGGUCGUUGGGUUACACAGUAUGAUUAUGACGGCAACAUCGACAUAAAUUGCAUGCCACAUUCUCUUAUUGACGGACAAUCCGAGGCUAUUUCUAGUGUUUCAAGUCAUUUUCUCGGUGGAAUAAAAGGUUAUCUCUUCUUUGAGAUUGAGGAUGCUAAUUCAAGCAAUUUCCUUAUCUCCUGGAAUGUUCCAAUAAUCGGUUCCCCUGUAUAUUCCAGUUAUGGACUUUCUGAAGAAAAGUAUACCAUUAAGUCCCAGAGAAGCCUUAGCAAUACAGUUUAUUAUGUUACAGUUGAUUCAAAAUCUAAUUGGAAUAUAAUGGUACUCUCUUUCCCAUUCCUCAUUUUACUGUGCUGUUGUUCCGGUUUUGUGAAAGACAACUCAUCUAGAGAGCAAGAAUCUAAUUCCUUCGGACAGCAAGGACAACAAUCUUAUAAUGCUUUCGGACAGCAAGGACAACAAUCUUAUAAUGCUUUUGGACAGCAAGGACAACAAUCUUACAAUGCAUUCAGACAGCAAGAACGACAAUCUUAUAAUACUUUUGAACAGCAAGGGCAACAAUCUUAUAAUCCUUUCAUACAGCAAGGGCAACAAUCUUAUAAUCCCUUCAUACAGCAAGGACAACAAGAAAAACAUACUUCAGAAGCCUUUUGA